UGGGCCUCCACGGAUGGACAUCGUGAGAGGAGCUUCUACAAGAAAAAACAGACAUCCCAUGCAUGAUAUCUUUGGUGAUUUCAAUGAUGUUUCCUUAGAAGAUUCCAAGAUGGAAAAAGUCAGAAACUUGAAAAUCGGUAGGAAUCUUACCAAAAGAGCUCCCAGUCAUAGCAGAUUUCUAAAAAGAAGCCAAACUAUGGGUGAAAACCACUUAUUCCUGAAAGAGGAUCCUAGCCUGGGGAGCGGGCCAUGGCUGUCCUUGGGCAGACCCCUGACCACUGCCUCGAGGCUCAGAACCAGCGCUGCGCUCAGGAGGGUGGCCCAGAUCGAGUCAAAAGUCAAGAAUCGGAAGGUACAGAUGGACUUGUCUGACGUGGAAUCGGACUCAAAGACCUCCGAAGACGAUCUUCCCCAGAGAGGAGACAAAAUUCCUCCCAGAAGCACAGUUGAACUUUCUUCACAGAAUACACACAAAACCGCCCAGAAGCAGGCCUGUGAAGCUCCUGUCACUGAGAGCAGCGUGCCAAGUGGGAAGGCCAGUAGGUUUCUAAAGAAGAGAGAGCCCCCUGUUGGAAAGCUAUCCCCCGAAGUCCAUUUUGGGAAAGAGAGGAACUUUUCAAUACCCAAAGAGAAAGAACCUACUAGAAAAUUGGAUUCUCCAGACAGUGAUGAAGAGGAAAUGAAGGAGUUGUUGGGAAGCUUGAUGGAAUCCUUUAGAGAAAAAGAAACACCCACGAAUCAGGGUUUCACCGGCACCAGAGACCAUGAGAAAGAACAAACAGAAUUAUUUUCGGAUCAGAUCUCAACACAACCAAAACUCCUUUCACUACCCAGUGAGGAACUUUCCAGCCAAAAGUCACUCAGGACAUCACGUCCACCAACCCUCCACUCAGCAGAUGCGACCCUUCGCAGCACGUGUGGACGAGCCCGCUCCCCACAGACUCCCAUUCCCGGGGACACAGCAUUCAGCGUGGUGUCAUCGCAAUCCGCCGCCAGCACUGUGUCCAACUCAGUGCCCUCGAGGAUGGCACGUGGCCGGCUGUCGUCCUCUCGCGGAAGAAGGGAGGCUGGGCCUGGGCAGGCGCCGCUCUCGGAAGCCUCCGACGGCAGCCCGAAUGAUUUUAGAAUAAAUAUUUUAUCCCUUGAUGAUCUGGCUCCAGCUGUCAGUGAGAAAUCAGACUUAGAACAGAAAAAAGGAGGUCAGGGGGAAAAGGCAUCCCGCAAAAGCUGCUGGACCUGGGGUCCCCCGACUGGAAACGAGGUCUCGGAGCACCUGAGUGAGCCGUCGGCCUCCUCUGCGGGGCCCCGGCAUGCUUCCAGCCUGAGGCCGACAUCUGAGUCCCCUGCAGCCAGCAUGGGGAGCCUGGCUUAUUCGGACGAUUUCGAGAAAUCCCCAAGUCUGACAGCAUCAGAGCCAACGACCCAUUCUGGGGAGUCUCCAGACAGGACGUUGGCCACUUUGUCUGAGCGCUCUGUAAGCCUGAGGACAGACCAUCCCCCACCAACAUGCGUGUCUCAGAAAAUGUGGGCCCAGGAUGUGACGAGAGUCAUAGUGAAGGAGAAGGCUGUGCAGACCCUCGACCCCGCCUUCACCUACCAGUGGACGAAGGUGGCUGGCAUGGCGACCACUGGGCCAGCCCUGGGAAGUGCCUACGUGGACCCUGCACCCAUCGCUAGUCAUGUGGUCAACGCGGAUGCAAUAGAAGCCCUGACAGCUUACAGCCCAGCUGUGUUCGCACUCAAUGACAUGCUGAAGCAGCAGCUGAGCCUGACGCAGCAGUUCAUCGAGGCCAGCCGGCACCUGCACGGGACCCUCCUGCAGUCCCUGGACCAAGACUCAUUCCACUACCACACCUUGGAGGAAACCAAAGAGUACAUCAGGCACCACAGGCCCGCCCGGCUGACCAUGGAGGACGCUCUGAAGGAGGUGAAGGAGGAACUGUGAGCACCAGGUGAGGCUAGACUUGUGGGUCUGAUCUAAUGAGCUGGUCCAGUACUCCAG